UUUUGUUAAGGGCUAUGAAGUGAAAUGUCCCCAUGGUCCCCGAGACCUUCGGGUUCAGCUCCAGAUGGAACUCCCCCCGUGGAGCCCCAUUCUGGGCGGGAUGAGCCGGAGUGUGUUCUUACUUUAUCCUGGUGUGGGAAAAAACGUCCUGCCGUGCCUUCCCUUUCCUUCCUUCCCCUUCCUUCUAUCCCCUUCCCCUUCUUCUCCUCCCCUGCCGUCCCCUGCGGGCCGGGCCGGGCCGGGCGGGGCCAGGCGGAGUCUUUUUCUCCCGGCGGGAGCCUUUCUCUCCUGUCGGCAUCCGCCGCUGCCGUCGCUUCUCGCCGGAGCCGGAGCCGGAGCCGGAGCCGGAGCCGGAGCCGGAGCCGGAGCCGGAGCCUGGAAGCGCCGCAGGAUGGACCUCCCUAACCUCACAGGUCCUACCGACCUCCCCAAGCACAUCCUGGAUAUCUGGGUCAUCGUCUUGAUCAUCCUGGCCACCAUCCUCAUCAUGACAGCGCUGCUGCUGUGCCCAGCCACUGCCGUCAUCAUCUACCGAGUACGAACACACCCCACGCGCAACGGCAUCGUGUGAGGCACGGGCAGUGGGGGACGGCCAGCUUGCUGGGCUGGGGGCUACGGUCAUGGGACCCUGUGCCAGGGACCUCGACGGGGCACCCUGAGAGCUGGAGCCUGGGCAGGAGCUGGGGUGGGCCAGCACACAGACCUGCUUCUGUACCUGGCUCUUGCUGGGUGAACCCACUGCUCAUUUUGCCCACUGAGCUUACGGGGACUGUGGGGGAAACGACAGCAUGGGCAGCAGUGGGGAGAGGUGUGACUUUGCAGACGUGUCCAGCUGGAAACAACUCGCUCCCACGAGGGAAGCAGGCUGGUCUCGCCUUCACUGGUGACACCAUCUCCUCCCAGGCAAGCAGCAAGGAGUGGAAAUGCCUGACAAAGUUAUUUCUUCUUUGGAGUCCCAGUUGUCAAGGUGGUUGGGGAAAAAAGAGUCAAAGCAAGAUGGAUGUGGCUUCUGGUUGUACCUUUAGCACUUGGCUAAAAGCAUCAGUGACAGAGCCCGUGCUGGCUGCACAGCAGAUGUGCAGCUGGUACCGGCUUCUCCUCUAUCCAUUAGCUGCAGAAAUUGUAGGAAAAUCCUGCGUGGCUCUUGGUUCCUCUGGGUCUUGUGGGGCAGAGGAGUGUGUGCAGUUCCUGCCAGCCCUCCUGUCUGCACGCUGGCUGCACUCCCCACUCCUGAUAGUGAGAGCCCCCACUGUUUUCCCAGCACACCAGCCCUGCUGGGAGUCUGUGCAUGCCUCACCUGGGCAGGUAAAGUGGGAGGAGCGGGUUCGUGUCCAGCCAGUGGCAAGGGACCAUGUAAGCUCUUGCAUUGCCCUUUGUUAUGAAAUAAAUGGACUUUGUCCUUCA